CCUCCCCUUCCCAAUCCUUCUUCGCCCUCAACUCAACCCCGACCUCAAUUCCAUUCUCCCCAAUAUAAAAGAAGAAAUACAGACAGCGACAAUGGCCCCAAAACGCACCGCCACACCAGCAACAACAGGCCCCGUCCCCGCGCCCUCACCACCUACCAUGCCCUCCGCAUCAUCCUCCUCCGCACCCGCAGCAUCCUCCUCCCUCUCCUCCGGCCCCAAAACCCUCACCCAGAACUCCUCUAUCUACGACAUCGCCCACACAGUCUGGCAGCAGUAUUUGGCUACUACGCCGCAGCGCACAAUGCUGCUUGAUGCGUUCAUGGGAUUCUUGGUGCUGGUUGGUGGUGUGCAGUUCGUUUAUUGUGUUGUUGGGGGGAAUUAUCCGUUCAACGCCUUCCUGAGUGGUUUCUGUGCCGCUGUAGGACAGUUUGUUCUUACGGCUAGUUUGAGGAUGCAGACUAGUGCUGCUACUUCUUCUUCUUCGACUGGGGGAGUUGGUGGUGGUGGUUCGAAAGGGAAGGGUGGGAAGAAGGUUGUCAAGGGGGAUGCUGGGGAGGAGGGGAGUGGUGUUUCGGCUGAGAGGGCAUUCGCGGAUUAUGUCUUUGGGAGUCUGAUUCUGCAUUUCUUUUGUAUUAACUUUAUUAACUAGAUGCUAUCGGGUCUGUGGUAUUCAUGGAUGUGGAUAUGGAUAUGGAGCUGGGUCAAGAGAUGUGAUGGAUGGAAGGAUGGAAAUGGUGACAAGGGAGGAGAGGAUAGGAUAAGAUAGGAUAGGACGGGUGCAUGCAGGCUGUUUCCCUGGUGGAUUAGCCUUGUCCGGUCUGGUUCCUAUCCCAGUGGGUGAAGGUAAAAUAAGUCGAGGAUCUGUUAUUGCGUUAUGUUAGCUAGCUAUUACUAUUUAUACCUGUGUAUCAAUGUAUCGAUUCUACUGUUCACGCCUGGCUUC